AUGUUCUCCUUCGCCAGCACGCGCCGCUGGCAGCCGGCCGGCAAGCAUGUCCUCAUCACCGGCGGCAGCUCCGGCCUCGGCCUGGCGCUCGCCGAGCUGCUGGCCAGCCGUGGCGCCAGCGUGACGCUCGUGGCGCGCAACCAGGAGCGCCUCGAUCAGGCAAAGGCGCGCGUCCAGGCCGCUUGCAUCGCACCUCCGCAGUUCGUGCAGGCCAUCUCGGCCGACCUCGUCAGCUUUGCAGGCUGCCAGAAGGCGCUUGCGCAGGCCACGGAGCAGGCUGCGGCCCACGCGCCCACUUCAGCCAGCACCGACGCAGCGGCGCCGGCCCACCGCGUGCCCGACGCCGUCUUCUGCUGCGCCGGCGCCGCGCGCCCCGGCUGGUUCAUCGAGCAGACGGAGCACAUGUUCCGCGAGGGCAUGGACACCGACUACUUCACCGCCGCGGGCAUGAGCCACGCUGCGGCACAGGCAUACGCAAAGUCAGGACAGACCGGCGGCAAGAUCGUACUGGUCUCGUCGACGCUGGGCUUCAUGGGUCUCGUGGGCUACUCGCAGUACUCGCCGGCCAAGCACGCCAUCAAGGGCCUGGCCGACUGCCUGCGCUCGGAGCUCCAGCUGUACGGCAUCUCUGUGCACGCGUACUUUCCGGGCACGAUCCUCAGCCCGGGGUACACGCGCGAGAACGAGACGAAGCCGAAGCUCACGGUGCAGAUCGAAGGCGACGGCGAGAAGGACGGCCUCUCGCCCGCGGCGUGUGCCAAGGGUCUGCUGAGAGGCCUGGAGAAGAACCAGUACUUCAUCACCACGGACUUCCAGUCUGAGCUCUUCCGUGCGAGCGCCCUGGGCAGCGGCCCGGGAAACGGCUGGCUGAUGGACCGACUGAAGGGCUUCAUUGGCGCGAUCGGCAUUCCGCUCUGGCGCAUCUUCGAGGCAGACGCGCUGAUCAAGAAGCACCGCGCGGAGCACUACAGGGAGCUCGGCCUGAACGGCGGCGUGGCACCUCGAUGA